UAAAAUAAAUUCCUUUUCAUUAUUUUUAUAAUUGUAUAGUGGUAUGGUGUUCAAUGCUCCAGAGGUGAUGCCGACCAUCCAACAAGUGGAACAUACAUUUGGUGCUACUCAUCCUGGUGUUUUUGAUGCUGAAAAACAAACAUUUACAUUAAACUUUCGAGGAAUUUCAUUUUGUUUUAAUGUGGAUUCUAAAUUUCAGGCUGGUAGUGCUCAGUGUGGUCUUGGAUCUUUGCAAUUUGCUAGUGGAACAUCCCCGAAUGUCAGUCGUGUUAUUAUAUACUCUGGGAAUCCACUUCCUGGACAAGAUAUUUUAAAUAUUCCAUCACAUCCAUUAUCUUGCUACAAAGGGUUAACUUAUUUAGAACGAUUAGAAGUUCAAAGAGAUCUUAAAAAUACAAAAGGAUUUAUGAUACAAUUAUACUUGGAAGGCUCUGGUUCAAACCGUGGACGUAAAGUCACUUAUAAUCGUGAAAUUAAUUUUGGAAUGUCAUGUCAAGAUGUUACAUCUAUGUUAGGCACCCCUUCACAGGUUUUUUAUAAAUCUGAAGAUAAAAUGAAAAUACAUUCACCAAAUGUUCAUAGACACAUAUCUGUUCCCAGAAGAUCGGAUUAUUUUUUCAAUUAUUUCACCCUGGGUUUUGAUAUUCUUUUUGAUGCCAAAACACACAAGAUUAAAAAAUUUAUAGUGCAUACUAAUUUUCCUGGCCAUUAUAAUUUCAAUAUUUAUCAUAGAUGUGAAUUCUACAUUGUUUUAACUUCAGAAAAAUCAAAAUAUAAUCUGAUCAAUGAUUGUAAAAAAUAUGAUAAAAAACCAAAGCCAAUUACUGUGAAUACAUUUACCAAAUGGGACGAGAUAUCUGAAAGACUAAAACAUAGUGAAAGACCUGUUGUGUUAAAUCGUGGUUCAUCUGAAAACUCUACCAAUCCAUUUGGAUCAACAUUUUGCUACGGUUAUCAGGAYAUGGUAUUUGAAGUUAUGCAAAAUCAGCAUAUUGCUUCUAUAACAUUUUAUAAGAAUGACAUUGAAGAUGAUGUAUGACGAAAAUUAGUUGCCACGUCCUACCCAGUGGCUUUAAUGUGUUUUUAUAACCAAUCAGUCUUUUACCAUGAUUAACAGUA